CAAUUUGUAUUGACAAAUUUGUCAAGAUGGCUUUAGACGCUGUGAGAAUUAGAACUUGCGUUCAGGAAAUCGUCAAACAUGACUUACAGAUCAAUUCAUAUGCUCAGGAGCUGAGGAGUAAUUGCAAGACCAUGGAGAUUCUAGACAAUAUCAAUGUGAAAAUCAAAGCAGAGACUGCCAUAUGUAAACAAAGAAUAGAGGAGCUAGAGAAGAUUGGCAAAGAGCAAGAUAAAGAAACUGACAGAAUAGGACUACUCAAGGAAGCAGAUCAUUACAGAAAACAACUCAGAAACACCCAGACUGCGAUAAGGCAAGCCAACCUUCGCUGCAAGAUGGAGAUUGAUAGAAACCAAAGAAAUGAUCUGAUGAAAGGACAAGAAGAUCCAGAAGUCAGAAAAAGGAAAAAUAAGGAAGACCUAGCUAAAACAGCAAGUAGUAUUACAGAAAGUCUUCAGAGUCUGAAUCGUAUGAUGGCAGACAAUGUGGAAAGGAGUAGCCUAACAAACCAAACAUUAGUGACAUCAUCAAAUAGAAUCCAGGAAACAAAUGAAGAAUUCAAAGGAAUGGCAGGAGUCAUUCAGACCAGCCGAAAUCUCCUCACUAAAUACGGACGUCGGGAAAUGACGGACAAGUUGCUCAUAUUCCUUGCCCUAGCCCUCUUUCUUGCCACAGUGAUAUACAUUCUAAAGAAAAGGAUAUUCUGAUUGUCAGCAAGACAUUCAACAGACUCAAAAGACAACGAAACAUUGUGAAAAGCCUUGAAGGUUCAUUCAGAUUGGAAGAAAGGAGAUGCAUUUAAUUUAUUGACCACAAGAACAAUGUCACCCCUGUGUUGAACCUGUGAUAAGAAUAACAUUAUUCAGUGAGUUAACCCAUUGCUCUAUUCAUUUUGCAAGAAGAAAGGGAAUGUAUUUACACAUUGGCCAUCAGAACCAUUUCAUCUCUAUUUUUAGACUGUUCAGGAAUAAGACAAUUCAUUCUUGGGGGGGGGGGGUUAAUGAGCAUUUUCUCAAGGAAAUUCACCACUAUUUUCAGUGCUAUAUUUGUAUAUUGUAAAGAGGAUAUUUUUUCUGAUGAAAAGUGUUAAAUCUGCAUUGGUUGAUGUCAUGAGAAUGUGUUAAUCAUGAUUAUUUGGGGUCGUAAGGUAGAAAUCAAAGGGUGCAAAGGUCACUAUUUACCUGAAAUUAUUUUGUUCUUGUGAAUUUAAAGAAUCGUUAAAGGGACCAAUUUUAAACUUAACUCCUUUACGCAUAUGACUGUGAUGUCAUUACAUUUGGGGAUCAUAAGGUGAAAAGUCAAGAGGUCUACAUCCUGAAAUAUCUCAUUCUUGUGAUAAUUGAACCAUUUAAGGGAUCAACUUUAGACUUGACUGAGGAUGAUCUCAUUAGAUUUUGGGAUUUACAAUUUCCUAGGUCACAGAUGACAUUACAUACAUUCAAUUAUCUUGUUCUUGCAAUAACCUAUAAACUUGAUCAUAUUAAAAAAUGGCUCAUGUGGGCAUAUGGGAGUAUUAGUGAUCUGAUUAGACUUUAUUUUAUACAUUUUUUUUGUGGCUGUUUAUUGUGCUCUUUCCUCAUACUUGAAUGUGCAGAAAAACUUUUUCCCACUACAGAUAUGAAUAAUCUGUAGUAUUUGAUUUGAGUGUCAAAUGAACUGAUGAAUUGAAAUUGUACUGUUUAGAAUUUGUAUCACAAUUAGCUAUCUGUAGGUACACCUGAAAUUUAUACUGGGGACUUUUUUCAUAAAAUUUGUUAUCAUAACAACAUAUUUGCAAAAAAAAAAGGUUUCAAGCUACCAAAAUCAUUCAAUUUUAUUGGCUGAUAGUGAACUUGUUAUGGACAUUGUGCAUUUGUUAUUAUGCAAGUCUUUAUGAAAUGGGAGCCAGAGUUUGAAUUAAACGCCAAGUUCAGAAUACAGGCCCUUAUUUGGAAUCACUGUUGAUGAAUAAGUAUGGUAUCUCAAAAGAUGCAGACACAUCCAGGAAUCUUUAAAAUAGACCGUUCUAUGAACACAGUCAAAAUGUAAAUUGAAAAAUGAAGAUUCUUUCCUUUGAGUGGAUUAUAGAGUACAGAGACAGGGUAUUCAAUUGAUUUUUUAAAAAGAUUUCAUAUUAAUUCUUGCACACUUCAAAAAGAUAAUUCAAAUUAUGGAAGAAUUAACACCAUCUGGAGAUCAGUUCUCUUAUAUCACUCGUGUGUGCACCGCUUCUGAUCAAGUGAGUGAAGGUGGCAUUUAUUUUGUUAUUUGAUCAAUGGAUUUGUUGUUCUAAUAUUAGCAAACAAUUAUGCACGACCACCAGAGGAUAUGUUUGGAACUAUGGUUGUCGAAGUGACGCCGGAAUGCUACUAUUUUCCUGAGCGGUGCAGCCCUGAAGGGAAAUGGUUGUAUUCGCGUCACUGAGGGGAUUUUAGUUUCACCAGACGAUGAAAGGCCAUAUAUAUUUGGUUUAUAUCUGUCAUAGGUAUUGAAUACAUUAGAUAGGAAAUAUAAUUGAAUGAAUGCUGGUAAUCCAGUUUUAGAGUGAGAAGUUAUUAAUAAGAUUUGACAAAGGUGAUCGAUCACUGUGUUUACGCACAUUGUUAUCAAAUAGAAAUCUAUGUAGUUUGAUUUAAGUCCCGCCCAUCAAGCUGUAAAUAGUUGUUGUUCUAUUUACAGCCCAGCUAUUUUUCCCCGCUUGUGACAUCAGGGGAACGUUUCAUAAAAGGACUUGUCAAAUGUUUAUCUGACAAGUACUGUUAUAUCUGACAGUUACUAUGGUAACAGUGCCUCUCAGCCAGUCAUAAUCAAGGGAAGUUGUCAGACCUGACAACUUGUUGGACGAAAAUGUUGUUGAAACACUCCCCAGAGGAGCGUUUCAUGAAAGGACUUGUCGGACGUUUAUCCGACAAGCCCUGUUUUAUCUGACAGUUACCUUAGUAACAGUGACUAUCAGGCAACCAGAAUCAAGAGAAGUUGUCAGAUUUGACAACUUGUCAGACAGAAAUGUUGAUGAAAUGCUGCCCAGAUGUCAGGGUUCAUGCCAUUUUGUCCCAAGUUUGUGAUGUGGUUGGAAUUAUCUUUGGUCACCUGACAGGGUUUAGACCAAUCACAUGUUCAGAUUAUUAUGAUUGAUAUAAUACCUUGUAGCAUCACUGAAGAAAAUGAAUAUUAUACCCUCCAUUCACUUGGUUCCAGGAUGUCAUCACUGUACAAAAAGUGCAGAUUUAAAUCUAAUUUGUGCUCUCCUACCUGUAAUUUGAUAUAAUGAAGUUUAUCCGUAAUUGAUAUUAAUUCAUGUCUUUAAUGUAGGCCACCUAUUUUCUCUUUGAAAUAUAUUUUUUGAUGAUUGUUGAAGGUUGCUGGAAAAGAUUUUAUAAUUACAUGUGGUGAUGGUGGUGAUAUUUUUUUUAACCUGAUUGCUAAGAAAGCAUGAAUCCUUGUAAGCAAGCAACCAGAAGACCGACGGCUUAAGGUCCUCUCAGAGGGACCUGGUAAUGAAGAUUAAUGCCUUACCAAAGGGCACUAGCACACCAAGUGGGAAUCGAACCUGGGUCACCGGAAUCUGAAAAUCCCCGCUCUACCGACUGAGCUAUUGCACCUCCAUGUACAUCAUUAAUAGGGAUGCAAAGUACUACAACUUGUACUUGCUGCCCCUUACAUAUUGGACCAAUACUGCAUUUGUAAUGGAAUUCUAAUGACUUUUUCACAGCCAAUCCAUUUUUAUUCACAUUGAUCUUGGUCGAAUCUUUGUUUUAAAAAGUGUUUUUGUUAAUACAUUGAAUUAAGUCUUUGAGUUUAUGAUCAUACAGAUCAGGUAAUGGUGUAAGCAUAAAUAAUGAGUGCAUGCAGUUGAGAAUCCGUCAAGUUUCCUCCAAUAAUGUAAAGCUUAGUUUGAUUUCUCAAUGAACAUGAAAUUGAACAAUUUUACCCUUUAAUUUUCAAAAUCUGUCUGAUUCAUACAUUGGUUUCAUCUUUUGAUUAGGAGUUAUUUGGAAGGAUUUCACCUUUUCAGCAAAUUUGUUACUAAAACGUUUAUAUCACUGUUAGAUGUUGUACACAACCCCCAUGCUGUUAAAAUAAAGUCUUACUCUGAGCUUUAUUGCCAAUACAUUAAUACAUUCCGCAGAGCAUACUGUAAAACAAUCUGUUAUUAGUGUGUGAAAUAUAUACCCAUAAUAUUGAAUAGAGAAUGUUUUUAUGAGAAAAAAUAAGGAAAUAAAUAAAUGUUAAUUCUUCAUGAUACUUUUUUUUUAUUUUUGUUUCCCAAAUAAUUUGGUUGCUAUAGAAACUGGGGAAUAAUGAACAAUUGGGCUGUACUCAGAAUCAUACUCUCUUUCAUUGUGAGAAACCCUUUACAACUUUUUCUUAUUUUCUAAGCCUCAGAAAUCAUUCACUCUGAUGUACUGUUUGAUUCAUUAUAAUGUCCCUGUAAAAUAUAUGAUGUAAAGUGUAUAUCAUGCAAUAUAAUAUAUUGACUAUUAUUAAAAUUCAGUAUUUUGUUUUAUAUGUCAUUCUAUAGCUUGAACGUGAAGUUACCUAGCCAACCUCAUUAAGUUGAUUUGAAGGAAAGCUGUGAAGAAAAAAAAAGAAACAAGUGAAUGAAAGUUUUGACUAGUUUGGCUGAACUGUUAAUAGAAAUUUUAUGAAUGUUUGAAAACAGAACUAAAAAGAACUAAGCCUGUGUUACAUCUGAAUAUUGCUGGCCCGGGGCCCGGCCCAAGUCAUGUUGCAACCUUGUCGUGAAUUAAGGUGGAUUAGGUUCGUGAUAGGACCUCGUCCAUUAAUACCUUUUUACAUCACAGCACAUUCAUCCCCCCCCCCCCCCCAUUGGUCAAAGAAAUGUAUGUCAUUCCCGAAGUCUGUUUCAAAUUCCUGACAACUUUCAGUUAGUCUUGAGUGCACAGACCCAAAUUUAAAAGUUGAUAAA